AUGCCAGGACGCCAGUAUGGUUUUCAGUGGAGACAAUGGGCUUCACCGAGAAGAUAAUCUAGAUGAAUAUUUUGAAUAUGACGCAGAGGAGUUCUUGGUCUCCUUGGCCUUGCUAAUCACAGAAGGCCGCACACCGGAAUGCUCUGUGAGAGGCCGAGUGGAAAGUUUUCAUUGCCCUCCAGCACAGUCCUGUUACCCGGUAGCAACCAGACAUGAAUGCAGUGACAAGCUGGCCCAGUGUCGCCAAGCCAGACGAACCAGGUCUGAGGUCACGUUGUUGUGGAAGAACAAUCUUCCCAUCAUGGUGGAGGUGAUGCUCCUUCCAGACUGCUGCUACAAUGACGAUGUGCCCAGCACGGAAGGGAUGGAUCUCAAUGACCCCAUCAUUAAGCAGGAUGCAUUGCUGUUGGAGAGAUGGAUCCUGGAGCCAGUUCCUCGACAGAACGGUGAACGGUUUGUUGAAGAGAAGACUCUUCUGUUGGCUGUCCGCUCUUUCGUGUUUUUUUCUCAAUUAAGUGCUUGGCUGAGUAUUUCUCAUGGUGCUGUUCCACGGAAUAUUCUUUACCGAAUCAGUGCUGCUGAUGUAGAUCUACAGUGGAGUUUUUCCCAGACACCAAUUGAACACGUGUUUCCUGUUCCCAAUGUUUCUCACAACGUGGCCUUGAAAUUCAGUGUCCAGUCCUUGCCCAGACAAUCUAAUUAUCCAGUUUUGACCUGUAGUAUUCACACGAACAUUGGCCUUUAUGAGAAAAGAAUUCAAGAGCAUGCACUUCAAACCCAUCUGCACCGCAGUUCGAACGAAACGGAGUGUACAAACAAUUCACAGCGUCUGUGUAGCAAACAAACUUGGACCAUGGCACCCGAAAGCGUGCUGCAUGCAAAAAACAGCACAACUCUGGAAUAUACUACAGCUGUCAAAAACGUCAAGCUGUGUCCUGGCACUGGCAGUCGAUCUGACUAUGGGGCAUCUCCAGCCAGCCUUCUGGGCUUCAGUGGGACAGAAGACGCGAAGUCACAGGAAGCACCAGCAAGAACCCUGAAAUCGUUUUCGCUGAUUGAUCCCAGUGUCUCCAGCCACCAGACUUCCUGGCAGUCUGUGGGCGAGACCAACCCCUUGAUAGGCUCUUUAAUUCAGGACCGUCAAGAUGUUAUUGCAAGAAUUGCUCAGCAUUUGAUUCAUUGUGAUCCAAGCGCUUCUCAGGUGUCUGGCCAUCCAUUCAGCACCCAAGAGUCCAGUUCACGGAAUUCAAGACUCUUCCGGGCGACAGAAGAAAAUGAAAAUGUGAGGAAAUGUAAGGAGACUUACUCCAUUUCUAUUGGCAGUCCAGAAUUUACCUCCCCAGAAGACAGCGGUGAGGGGAAAAUCCGAGGCAAGCCUGAAACCCCUCGAAGCGACUCUUGCUUGUCUAAUGGUCUCUAUUCUCGUCAGCCCAUUGGUGAGACUAAUCCUUUGAUAGGCUCCUUGCUCCAGGAGCGGCAAGAGGUUAUUGCAAGGAUCGCACAACACUUGGAGCACAUUGAUCCCACGGCGCCGCACAUCCCCCGGCAGCCCUUCAGAAUGCAAGACUCUAGAUUGCUUCCUUCUAAACUGUUUAGGAGUUCAUACGAAGACAAACAUUUGCUGAAGAAAACCCAGAACAAUGCCUCGGUUUCCAGUUGUAAUAAAAAAAUGUCCCUGCUAGGAAACAGCGGUGAGGGGAAAACCCCAAUUCCAGACCCAUCUUUUAGUUCUCUUAACUGCAAUAGCAAAGUGAGUGCCUCCCUGAGCCCUCCUGUAAGAAAUGGGCACCAAGGAAAACCUUGUGCAACCCCUCUGUGCACGUUUCAGGAGACGCAGGACAAAGCUACUAACUCAGCGACAUCCUCAAGCAUGUCUCGCUGCAAAGAAAACCAUUUAGACUUGACCAGCAGGUUGGAAAAUAGUCUUCUUGGACAUCAAUUGAAGGAGCAAGACAUUAGCAGUGGACUUGAUAACCAGUAUUCACAUUGUCAUGGUAUUGACAAAUCAUUUUGCACCAACAAAUAUAAGGAGAAAAUGAUAAAAAAUGAGGCUUGCAGUCCAGAAUCUUCUGAAAAUCACCAAUUAGACUCUAAAAUAAAACUUGCUGUGCUGGAAACGUCCGAAUACCUGUACAAACGUGAAAAUAAGUGCUCAAAUAAAGACUCAAACAGGCCUGCGACACGUGAAGAAAAUACUCAGCUUUUCAGUGUAGAAAAUUAUUGCAUUAAAGAUAAGGAAGACUUCAAAUGCAAAAAGCCCGACCAGCUGAAAAAUGAACGGGCUAAGAAUGAAGAGUCAGUUUAUGAAACAUCGCAAAGCAGUUCUGAGAGAAAGGGUGUAAAAGACUGUUUGUCCACAUGUGAAAGACUGAAAAACACAGAGGCGCUGAGUACUGCACCACUGAAACCUUCAAAUGUCUGGCGAAAACAUAAUUUCCAUUCGUUGGAUGGAACUUCAACCAGGGCCUUCCAUCCUCAAACUGGAUUGCCUCUUCUUUCAAGUCCUGUUCCUCAAAGAAAAACCCAGUCGGGUUGCUUUGAUCUGGAUGCUUCAUUACUACACCUGAAAAGCUUAUCAUUUAGAAGUCCACAACAGUGUAUAAACAUUGAGGAUGAUCCAGAUAUUCAUGAAAAACCGUUUCUGAGUUCUAGUGCUCCACCUAUCACAAGUCUUAGUCUACUAGGAAAUUUUGAGGAGUCUGUCUUGAACUACCGCUUGGACCCUCUCGGCAUUGUUGAUGGGUUUACUGCCGAGGUAGGGGCAAGUGGUGUUUUCUGUCCUACCCAUUUGACUCUUCCAGUUGAAGUGUCAUUCUACAGUGUUUCCGACGAUAACGCUCCCUCUCCUUACAUGGGUGUGAUUUCUCUAGAGUCCCUUGGUAAAAGGGGUUACCGAGUACCUCCUUCAGGAACAAUACAAGUGACCUUAUUUAAUCCCAACAAGACUGUGGUGAAGAUGUUUGUUGUGAUAUAUGACUUGCGAAAUAUGCCAGCCAAUCAUCAGACAUUCCUACGACAAAGAACCUUUUCUGUACCUGUCAAACAAGAAAUGAAGAGAAGUGUUAAUAAUAAAGAGAAUAUCCGACAUGCAGAACGGUUACUACGCUACCUCAUACACCUGAGGUUCCAGAGUUCUAAAUCUGGAAAGAUCUACCUCCACAGAGAUGUCCGGCUCCUGUUCUCUAGAAAGUCCAUGGAAGUUGAUAGCGGUGCUGCAUAUGAACUCAAAUCCUACACCGAAUCGCCAACAAACCCUCAAUUCUCACCAAGAUGUUAAUAAGGAAAGACAAUUUAAAGUAUUUUCUCAGUACCCAAGUUUGGAAGUACAAAUUAGCAUAGAACGGAGUGUACCAAAUUAACAUCCAGGAGAGUGGGACCUCUCCUGUCGUCCUGGACCAGUUUUUAUUGAAGGAUUUCUGGACUGAGAUCCAUAUAUUCCAAGUGGAUUUGAAACACUUAUGUCCUAAUCCCUUUUGUACUGUUGAAACCACUUCAUUGGACAUGUUGCAAUAGCAAAACCCCCAGUUAGAUUAGUGUUUACACAUUUUAUUUCCCAGUUAUUUAAUAUUUAAUGUUUCCCUUAAUACUCAAGUGAUGUUUGUCUCUAGCGUUCUUAUGUAGCACAAAUCCCAUGUAAAAUCAUACUAUGUAUUUUUGACUUUAAUGUUGACAUCCGAAAUAUAUGCACAAGUCUUUAA